CUACAUGACCUCCCUAUAGUGUCCCCAAAAUUUCAUCUGUUGUCAAAAUAAUUGCAUUUUCCAUUAAUAACCCGUCCUUAAGUUCGGCUGCCCACGGAAACGAGAACUUCUUGUGUCACAUCCACAACACACUGGUGCUAUAACAUAUAAUCCCACUGGAGAGUGCCAGAUAAAUACAGUCUUAACAUGGAAGAUUACAAAUACCUGUUCAAGGUGGUGUUGAUUGGUAAUGCAGGUGUUGGCAAAACAUGCCUAGUGAGGAGAUUCACCCAGGGGUUAUUCCCACCCGGUCAAGGGGCCACAAUAGGUGUGGAUUUCAUGAUUAAGACUGUGGAAAUUGACGGUGAAAAAAUAAAGUUACAGAUCUGGGACACUGCUGGCCAAGAGAGAUUCCGGUCCAUCACUCAGAGUUACUACCGCUCUGCCAAUGCCCUCAUCCUUGUAUAUGAUGUUUGCCUACAAGACUCAUUUGAGAGCCUGCCCCAGUGGAUUACUGAGAUGGAGAACUAUGCUGGCAAGAAUAUCCUCACAUAUUUAGUAGGUAACAAGACGGAUCAAAUUAACCGGCGUGAGAUACCCACAGCCAUUGGACAGCAGUUUGCUCAGCGCUACGAGAUGCGCUUUCUGGAAACUUCGGCCAAAGAAGCAGAUAAUGUUGAAAAACUCUUUCUGGAAAUUGGCAAAGAACUGACGAAAUUAACCCGCGAGAAUGAAGUGCGUCCCAAGGGAGAGGCAGGCUUUACUCCUGGCAGUGCCACAACAGUAUCUUCCUUCAGCUGUUGUAAGAUCUAACAACCAGUCAGCCUGGUCAGCGGGUGUCAUCAGAAGUCCUACUUAAAUCUGCUCCCUAACUUUGCCUUUUGACAAUGAUGCGUGACAGGAUUCUGUUUUUUUGAAAGAGUGGAAGUAGAGGAUAUAUAGUAACUUGUUGAAGGGACCAAUUUGUUGUUACAGCUUUUCUGUAGCUUCAGAUAAAUGAUAAUGCGCUUGAUAAGUGGAUAUUUGCAGAUGACCCUAAGUAUAGGGUUGUAUCAUUGUCAAAUACAACCAUUACAUGGGUGUAUUGUUAGGUUUGGUUCAAAAUUGUGAAAGAUAUUUUCAUAAUGUAUGUUGCAUGGAUUGCAGUGUUCAAGCUUUAUGCAAACCUGUGUUAAAUUUUCUCUACAGACGUCAUUAGGGAGGCAUAGUCAUGUAUUUGUUAAUUAUGUCUACAUCUCGAGAUUUGAAAAUAAGAUUUUAGAAACAUAAAUUUAUAUAAAGGAGGAUUAAAACAGUAUUAUUUUGCUUUUAAGCUGACUUUCACACAGAAGGAUUCAUUUCUGUUGAUUGAGAAAGUCAUGAUGUUCUAGCAAAUGUUUUGUAAUGAAUGUCAUCUAUGUUAUUUUGUUAUGGUGCUUCAUAUUUACUAGACUGGAUAGUCAAGAGUUUAACAUGUAUGCUAUGUUAUAUUUGGUCUCUAUUUUGCUUUUCAUGAAGUUUUACAUUUGUGAGUGCCAAUGUUGUAUAUUGAGGGGACUUUAACUUGUGCGAGUAAGUCUUUUGUGGCUGGAAACUGCUCAUAUGACAAAGGCAAUAACCUUGUGUUCAUUACUGCCAUGAUAUGUCUUCCUGUCUCUGAAUUUGUUCAGGACAGGUUAACAUACAUGUGAACAUGUACAUUCCCAGAUGCUAUUCUCCCCUUAGUGUGUAUAUGUACACUUGAAGAUGUGUAUGAUUUGUGUGAACUUUGACCUGAGCCAGGGAUGUAAUCUCUUGUAUGAACCUUCUCCUAGUGGUCAUGAGCAGAGGUUAUGCUACAUCAUGACAGAUUCUUCUUUAUGUUACCAUUUUAUCUGCACAUAGUUAAUGAAUAUUUACUUCACAUGAACUGCUAUUCCUUUUUUUUUUUUUGAUUGUCACUGCCACAAGCUGGCUGUUUACUGUACAUGCUGUCUACUGUACUUGUCUACUGUACAUGCUGUCUACUGUACUUGUCUAGUGUACAUGCUGUCUGCUGUACAUGUGUACUGUACAUGCUGUCUACUGUACUUGUCUACUGUACAUGCUGUCUACUGUACUUGUCUAGUGUACAUGCUGUCUACUGUACAUGUGUACUGUACAUGCUGUCUACUGUACUUGUCUACUGUACAUGCUGUCUACUGUACUUGUCUACUGUACAUGCUGUCUGCUAUACAUGCUGUCUACUGUACAUGUCUCUUGUACAUGCUUUCUACUGUACUUGUCUACUUUACAUGUUGUCUGUUGUACAUGUGCACUGUACAUGCCGUCUACUGUACAUGCUGUCUACUGUACAUGCUGUCUACUGUACAUGUCUACUGUACAAGCCUACUGUACAUGCUGUCUACUGCACAUGCCCUCUACUGUACAUGCUGCCUACUGUACAUGUCUACUGCACAUGCUGCCUACUGUACAUGCUGUCUACAGUACAUGUCUCCUGUACUUGCUGUCUAAUGUACAUGCUGUCUACUGUACUUGUCUACUACAUAUGCCCUCUACUGUACAUUUGUAUUGUACAUGCUGUCUACUGUACAUGUCUACUGCAUGUGCUGUCUACUACAUAUGUCCUCUACUGUACAUUUGCACUGUACAUGCUGUCUAUUGUACAUGUGUACUGUACAUGUUGUCAACUGUACAUGAAUACUGUACAUGCUCUCUACUGUACAUGUGUACUGUACAUACUGUCUACUGUACAUGUGUACUGUACAUACUGUCUACUGUACAUGUGUACUGUACAUGGCUACUGUACAUGCUGUCUACUGUACUUGUCCUCUAUACAUGCUGUCUACUGUACAUGCUGUCUACUGUACAUGUUUUCUACUGUAAAUGUGUACUGUUCAUGCCCUGUACUGUACAUGCUGUCUACUGUACAUGUGUACUGUACAUGCCAUCUACUGUACAUUUGUAUUGUACAUGCUGUCUACUGUACAUGCCUACUGCAUGUGCUGUCUACUACAUAUGCCCUCCACUGUACAUUUGUACUGAACAUGCUGUCUAUUACAUAUGUCCUCUACUGUACAUUUGCACUGUACAUGCUGUCUACUGUACAUGUGUACUGUACAUGUUGUCAACUGUACAUGAAUGCUGUACAUGCUCUCUAAUGUACAUGUGUACUGUACAUACUGUAUACUGUACAUGUGUACUGUACAUACUGUCUACUGUACAUGUGUACUGUAUAUGGCUACUGUACAUGCUGUCUACUGUACUUGUCCUCUAUACAUGCUGUCUACUGUACAUGCCUUCUGUACAUACUGUUUUCUGUACAUGUCUACUGUACAUGUUGUCUGCUGUACAUGUCUACUGUACAUGCUGUCUUCUGUACAUGUGUACUGUACAUAUCUCUUGAACAUGCCUUCUACUCUACAUGUCUACUGUACAUGCUGUCUACUGUAUAUGUCUACUUUACAUGCCUUCUACUCUACAUGUUUACUGUACAUGUCUACUGUACAUGUUUUCUGCUGUAUAUGUUAUCUGCUUUACAUGUGUACUGUACAUGCUGUCUACUGUACAUGCCGUCUACUGUACAUGACUACUGUACAUGCUGUCUAUUGUACAUGACUACUGUACCUGCUGUCUACUGUACACACUGUCUACUGUAUAUGCCCUUUACUAUACAUGACCACUGUACAUGCCGUCUACUGCAUACACCCUCUGCUGUACGUCUACUGUACAUGCUGUCUACUGUACAUGCUGUCUACUGUACAUGCCCUCAACUAUACAUGACCACUGUACAUGCCGUGUACUGUACAUGUGUACUGUACAUGCCAUCUACUGCAUACGCCCUCUACUGUACAUGUGUACUGUACAUGCUGUCUACUGUACAUGUGUUCUGUACAUGCUGUCUACAUGUGUACUGUACAUGCUGUCUACAUGUGUACUGUACAUGCUCUCUACUGUACAUGCCGUCUACUUCAUAUGCCCUCUACCGUAUAUGUCCACUUUACAUGCUCUCUACUGUACAUGUCUUCUACUGUACAUGCUGUCUACUGUACAUGUCUAGUGUACAUGCUGUCUACUACAUAUGCCCUCUACUGUAAAUGUGUACUGUACAUGCCCUCUACUGUAAAUGUGUACUGCACAUGCUGUCUACUGUACAUGCUGUCCACUGUACAAUUUUCUACUGUAAAUAUGUUCUGUACAUGCUGUCUACUGUACAUGACCACUGUACAUGCCGUCUACGAUACAUGUGUACUGUACAUGUUGUCUACUGCAUACGCCCUCUAUUGUACAUGUGUACUGUACAUGCUGUCCACUGUACAUGUCUUCUACUGUACACGCCGCGUACUGUACAUGCUGUCUACUGUACAUGUCUAGUGUACAUGCUGUCUACUGUUCAUACCGUCUAUUUUAUAUGCCCUCUAGCGCACAUGUCUACUGUACAUGCUGUCUACAGUACAUGUGUACUGUACAUGCUAUCUAUUGUACAUGUCUUCUACUGUACAUAUACAUGCUAGCUUUAUCUAUGGUCUCUCUCUUCUGGGAGGUCACGGUUCCCAGUGCCAGGAAGAUGCACUAGAAUUGCAGGGCAUGUGACAACAUUUACUCGCUACAGUUUCAGCCAUCAUGCAUUCCUGGUGGAAAGGGGAAAUUUAUCUUUACCGGAGACGGGUACAGAGGCUAGCGGUGUAUCCGGUUUGUCGGAUGAAAACAAAACAAACGUUAUACAAGUCCACCAUUUGAAAGCGGCAGGUAUAUGAAAUAGUGGGUGUCUUCUUUUCCUUCAACUUUGACGAGUUAAUAGGUGUCUUCUUUUCCUUCAACUUUGACGAGUUAAUAGGACAAAUCAGAUUUUACUUCAUCAUGAACAGUAGAUCAGCAGGAAAUCGUAGUUUGUCCCUAUGUUAGACUUUGACGGUGCCUUGUGCCAACGUGUUUUGAUGCUUGAAUGCUCUGUGUUUUUUUACAUCUCUUCCAAAAAUCUGACUGACUGUGUAGUUUGUCAGGGCUCAGAAGAACAAAAAUGUGCCAAAUUGCAUCUUUACAUGGUUAAACAUUAAUCUGUUUUGCAUAGUUUUUGUCCACUAUUAUCAUAUUUAUGUCUUGAAUGCCUUUAUUAAUACCCAACUUCUCAGCUUUUUGAUGCAGAUUAGACAUUAGAGUAAGAGGACGUCAGGAAUGAUCCAUUGGGUUGUUUAAUUAUGAAACGUGAGCAAGCAUCGAAAAUAUCAUUAUGUACCCUAAAAUAACAUUGGGUACACUAAAAUAACAUUGGGUACACUAAAAUAACAUUGGGUACACUAAAAUAUUUUCUUAGUAAUCUCAAAACAUGGAAGCGUUAAGCUUUUAUCCUUUAAUCAUUCAUUCAUUCAUUUAAAGUGAGGGUCAUCACAACUCUGAAAAAGAGUCGGCUCAAGUUUCCAGGAAGUAUGUUCUGUCUUUUUUGUUGUUUUGUUGUUUGUCAGGUUCUGUUCCACUUGAUGUUGAUUUCUAUUCUACAGGUGCUUCCAAAAACUGCAAAAAAAAGAAAAAUUGAAAACAAUCCCAUAUUGAAAAAUCGGUUUGUCAAGUAUUUUUUUAACCAGUGUGUAAUUUUAAGUCAAACUUCUGACGUAUUGCCUCUUCGGAAAUGGAUACUAAUUCUCCGUUUGCCCGUCACGUGAGCUUUGAUACAGGGUGCCCACUUCAUCUUAUGUUUUAACGAGGCUGUUUAAUGCAUCGCAACAUAAUUUUGUGUGCAGUUAUAUUUGAAAUAUUUACAUGUAUGUGAUCAAACUCGUAGCGAGAUUGUCCUUUUAUUUCUUUCUCAGGCCUCCCGGUGUAUCGUUCAGAACUAUGAGUUCAGUCUUUCUUUUGCAGUGCCAUGUUUUUAUUAGCUGGUGAUAAAGAUUACUCCAAAAGCCUGGUUCAUGUAGACACAUUGCUUCCAUCCCCAUACGUGUUUCAUUUACUCUUUUGUUACAGGUACACGUACCUGUUUCUGAAGGAACACUACAUAAGUACGUGUAGACCUAUUUGCCACAACCAGUAAUUAUGAAAUCAUUUUACAUCGUUUACUGGAAUAUUUUUUAAAGUUCCAGUCUCUAAUCAAAAUAUCUGGCAUACUUUAUUUACUGCUCAGUUGGAGGAAAUACUCAUAAGUUGUAUUAUUAUUGUUUUAGUCAUUAUCGACUGACAAGGUUGUCAUUGUCUUCUAGUAAAUUUUUGCUAAGGUGUUUUGUGUGGGCUAACUAUUAGUGUCCAGAUUUAACUCCUGGCCAUGGUUAUAAAGAGUAUAUUCUGUAUAAACAGUAUAUUACUUACGGCGGGGGCGAGGUGGCUUCUGAGAAACGUAAUAUUGACUUUAAAUCCACCUUUAGAUCACUAAUGGCAAUAUGCAAUUAGCACUUGUAGCAGGUAGUUAUUGGACAUGUUCCUAUCCAUGGUUAUAGGCAUACACUUAGUGUCGCUUAUAAAGUCACUCUGACAUGAUUAUUUAUCCUGAGUAGUAUUGACUAGAGGUUGACCUUCCGAUAUUACGACAAAAGGCGACAUUGGCGAGUAACAUGGUCAAACCGUCCGCUUCAAAGCCACCUGUUUUUUUACUGUCAAGCCAGGCAAUAGAACAGUUUAGGUAAUGAAAGACAUCGGUGGAGACAAGUCAGGCAGAAACCCGGCUUCUUUUUUGUUGCAGUUUACUUUGGGUCCGGGUAAUAUGUGUGUUUUAUGCUAGGUUCUCAAAACUGUAUAAUUGUCAUUAAAAUACUCCUAAUAAAGGAUGUCCAUUUGAAAACCUGUUUCUGAUGUCUGGACAUAAAACACCUGUGUGGACAACCUGUUUGAGAAGUCUGGACAUUACACACCUGUCUGGAACAUGGUGACUUCUGUUUGUGAUGUCUGGACGUAACACACCUGUCAGGAAUAUCUGGACAACUGUCUGAGGUGUCUGAACAUAACCCACCUGUCUGAAACAUCCGGCCACCUAUUUGAGAUUUCUGGGGCAUAACACAUGGAUUGUAUGGAACGUCUGGACACCAGUUUUGAUGUCUGGACAUAACGCACUGGUCUGGACAUCUGUCUCGAUUAGGUGGACAUAACACAUCUGUAUGCAGUGUCUGAAUCCUCUGUCUGGGAUGUCUUUACACUUCUCUGGGACAUCUGGACACCUGUCUCGGAUAUCUGAAUAUGUUUGGACACCUGCCUCGGAUGCCUGGGCGAUUCCUUUUAUCCUUGUAUAAAUAUUAGACAUCAUGAGUAAGUCUUCUCGAUUAAUUGUCGUUUAUAUCGCGCAUUUGUAGUCAGGUAAUAUACUCUAGCUAACCUUGGUGGCUAUCCCCUAAAUAUAGUGUCCGUUUACCAUCUGUUAUGAUGAAACUUAUUUUGAAAGUCUGACUUUCAUGCUGCAUUAAGAAAGUGCCGAGUUUUGUGCGAAACGUCGGUAUUUUUUCCCUGUUUUUUUUAGUGUUACACUCCACUGCUGAACUCACAUUGCCACUGAGAAAAGAAACCAGUGGUCAUAUAUACAUGAUUGUGUAUGUCAGUGAAAUGUCUUGAACCUGUGCCUAUAUCUGUAAAGUUGUAUGGGUGUUUGUUUUACCUACUGUUCUCACAGUUGAGGAGAAUAAAGUCUUGUUCAGUUAACGUCUUCAAAAUGGUGUUUGCAGUUUGAUAUGGUACUUAGUUUAUGUGUAGUCCAUACGUCUACUAAGUGUUGUUCAGUUAACGUCUUCACAGUGGUAUUGACAAUUUGAUAUGGUAACCAGGUUAUGUGUAGUCCGUACGCCUAAGUGUUGUUCAGUUAACGUCUUCACAGUGGUAUUGACAGUUUGAUAUGGUGACCAGGUUAUGUGUAGUCCAUACGCCUAAAAAACCUGAAAAGAUGCGAACCAAAAUACAUAAGCCUAAUGAUCGAAGUGGAAAGAUGUUCAUAAAAUGUGUUGUAUAUAUUUUACUUUAUUUAAUACAAAGGUUCAAGUACAUGUUAUUAUUUAUUUAUUCGUUUGGAUUUGAAGGUCGCACUCAGAACUUUUUCAUUUACAUGAUGGCGUCCAGUUUAAUAGGAGGAAGAAGUCGGAAUGCCCAGUGUAAAAGACCACCAAUCUUUCACCAGGUCCCUGAUGAAAAUUUGCGUGUAUAAGUGAUGAGUGCCCGGAGUAAAUGACAACUAAUCUUUCGCCAGGUCUCUAAUGAACAUUUGCGUGUAUAAGUGAUGAGUGCCCGGAGUAAAUGACAACUAAUCUUUCGCCAGGUCUCUGAUGAACAUCUACUUGAUGAGUGCCCGGAGUAAAUGACCACCAGCCUUUAUUACGGGUCCCUGGUGAACACCUAUAUAUAUGAGUACAAGCCAAGCACAUCUCAUAUUUAACAAGUAGCUGUUCUUACCCCCGUUUUUUUGCAGUGUAGGUUUUGUAGAUACAAAGUUAAAAUCAAAUAUAACAAAAAUGUCGUGC